AGAGAGAGAGAGAGAAUAGUAUAUGUUUUGUUUUGUUUCCGUGCUCCAGUUGAGAGAGAGAGAGAGAGAGAAAUGAAGAUAUUUGAGAGGAGUAUGGAUGGAUUCACGGGUGGGCAAGGGCAAGGGAAGAGGCCAGGCCAUCGCAGGCAACACCCGUGCCGUGUGUCGUGUCGUGCGAGGUCACGGGUCACUCCAGCCAAAAAACAGAUGAUGAUGAUGAUGAUGUGCCAUGCUGCGGGGCAACAAGAAACUGAACACCACGGAAAUCCAAGGACCAGCCAGCGCCCGCCCUCGUCCCUUUUGUAUGUAUGUGCUCCCUCUCUCCCUCCCUCCCUUUGCCAUUUGCCGAUUUGGGCAGCAGCAAUGACACUUCCCUGCGCCGGCGGCUGCGAGAUCCAAGCCAGCGGCAUUAACUACCGCAUCGCCGUCUCCACCCGACCUCUCAAGGUCUGGAGCAGAUCAGACGACGACGUCCAUUCCCAAGACCACCACAGCGUCGUCCGCCAGGUGCUCCGGGACGUCUCCUGCCGCGCGCGCCCCGGCGAGCUGCUCGCCAUCGUCGGCCCCAGCGGCGCCGGCAAGUCCACCCUGCUCGAGAUCCUCGCGGGGCGCCUCUCCCCGUCCCCGCCGCCCCACCUGCUACGCAUCGACGGCGCCGCCGCCCACAGCGCCGACCUCCGCCGCGUCUCCGCCUACGUCACCCAGCAGGACGUCCUCUUCCCGCUGCUCACCGUGCGCGAGACGCUGCUCUUCAGCGCGCGCCUCCGCCUAGGCGCGCGCCUGCCCUCCAAGGACAUGCACGCCCGCGUCGAGGCGCUCCUCGACGACCUCACCCUGCGCCGCGUCGCCGCCACCAGGAUCAAGGACCUCUCCGGCGGAGAGCGCAGGCGCGUCUCCAUCGGCGUCGAGGCCGUGCGUGACCCGCCCGUGCUCAUCCUCGACGAGCCCACCUCCGGCCUCGACAGCGCCUCCGCGCUCCACAUCGUCGGCGCGCUCCGCGCCAUGGCCGAGGCGCGUGGACGCACCGUGCUGCUCAGCAUCCACCAGCCGGGAGCGCGCAUCGUCAAGAUGUUCGACUCCGUCCUCCUGCUAGCCGCCGGCUCCGUCCUCCACCAUGGCACCGUCGACCAGCUCCGCGCCCUGCUCGGGGACGCGGGCCUUCACCUGCCCCCGCACGUCGAUGACGUCGAGUUCGCCAUCGACUCCGUGGACGCGCUUCGCCGCCACGCCAGCAGCAGCCUGCAGGCGCCGUCCUCCGGAGACCGAGAGGGCCGGUGCACGCUGCAGCGUCUGUUCCAGCUGCACGGCAAGCAGGUGGCGGACGCCCCCGUGGCCGUGACCAUGAUGGCUAGCCGCUACGCCAACUCGCGGGCGCGGGAGGUGGCGGUGCUGUCGCAGCGCUUCUUCAAGAACGUGGCGCGGACGCGGCAGCUCUUCGCGUGCCGCACCGUGUGCAUGCUGGUGGCGGGCCUUGCGCUGGGCUCCAUCUUCUACGACCUCGGGCAGGACAAGGUGGCGGAGCGCGUGGGUCUCUUCGCCUUCCUGCUCACCUUCCUCCUGUCAUCCACAACGGAGGCGCUGCCCAUCUUCCUGCAGGAGCGCGACAUCCUGGCCAGGGAGACGGCGUCGGGGGCGUACCGCGUGUCGUCGUACGCGGUGGCCAACGCGGUGGUGUUCCUGCCCUUCCAGCUGGCGCUGGCCGUCGUGUUCGCGGCGCCGGUGUACUGGCUGGCGGGUCUCCGUCGAACGGCGGCGGCGUUCGGCUACUUCCUGCUGGUGAUAUGGCUGAUCCUGUACACAGCGAACUCGGUGGUGGUGUGCUUCGCGGCGGCGGCGCCGGACUUCGUGGUGGGGAACGCGGCGAUCCAGGGGGUGAUGGGCUCCUUCUUCCUCUUCUCGGGCUACUUCAUCGCGCGGUCGGCGAUGCCCGGGUGCUGGGUGUUCAUGCACUACCUGUCGUUGUUCAAGUGGCCGUUCGAGGCGCUGCUGGUGAACGAGUUCGCCGGCGGCGGGAGGUGCGUGGUGCGGGCGCUGGGCGAGUGCGUGGCGACUGGGGACGAGGUGCUGCGGCGCGAGGGGCUCGGGGAAGAGUGCAGGUGGCGCAACGUGGGCGUCAUGGUGGCCUUCAUGGCGGCCUACAGGGUGUUGGGCUACGCCGUGCUGAGGGUGAGGUGCAGCCUCGCGCUCAACAAGAAGGGGGCCGUGGCCGCCGGACCACCUGGCCUCGGCCUCAGCCGCCGCCUGAGAAGACAGCUAGCCAUCAUCGGCACCGCUGCGUGGCCCUCGCCAUCGUCUUCUUCCACCCCCUCGCUCCCUGUUAAUUAAAUUAAAUUAAAUUAAAUUAAAUUAAAUGGCAACCAAAUACACUAGUGUAUGUGUGCUUACUUGUUUUGUUCGGUGAUUCGUACGGAGUGCUUACUUAAUAUUGUAUUGUAUUAUACUUGGAGUAGGAAGUAUGGUAUCCAAAGAUAGCAUCUGUUCCAAUACAUCUUGUAAUCAGACUCUGCUCUAACUCGUACCAACAUGCUGAGAUGUCCCAAGGCAUGGCAUUGUGGAAUCUAUAAACUCUCCGACUAUAACUAUAUAUAUGCUUAUUUUGUAUGGUACUUGUAUUUUCAUGUUUGUUUGGUAAUUAAUCGAGGGCUGAGCAGUUCUUUGGCACACAAGACAUGUGCCGAUCAAA